UUUGCCUGUCCGAUGGAUUCAUAAAACGAAAAGUCUAUGGUUGGUUGGACAAAUGGACAAGUUUCGCGCCUAUUCUUCCCGCUACCGAACGUCGAACGGUUACGAACCUACUGCUUUGUCAUUUAUUUUACACAGUUGUUUUAAUUUGUUUGUAAGUUAGGGGUCGCUGACUGCUUAGCGUUAUUAUUAAUUUUCAACAAAAUUAUUGAAGUGAUACAUUAAAAUAUAAACAUGUUUGAGGCACGUUUACUCCGAAGCUCUAUCUUAAAGAAGGUCUUGGAGGCUAUUAAAGAUCUGCUGACACAGGCCACUUUCGAUUGCGAUGACAAUGGAAUUCAGUUACAGGCUAUGGACAACUCUCAUGUGUCUCUCGUGUCACUCACUCUCCGAGCUGAUGGCUUUGACAAGUACCGCUGCGAUAGGAACAUCUCAAUGGGCAUGAAUCUAGGCAGCAUGUCAAAGAUUCUCAAAUGUGCUGGAGAUAAGGAUACAGUUACAAUAAAAGCACAGGAUAAUGCUGACAAUGUCACAUUUGUUUUUGAGAGCCCAAAUCAAGAGAAAGUCUCUGAUUACGAGAUGAAGCUUAUGAAUUUGGAUCUUGAACAUUUAGGUAUUCCAGAGACUGAAUACAGCUGCACUAUUCGCAUGCCAAGUUCUGAAUUUGCUAGAAUCUGUCGGGAUCUCUCACAGUUUGGAGAAUCAAUGGUGAUUUCAUGCACAAAAGAAGGAGUAAAGUUCUCGGCAACAGGCGACAUCGGCUCAGCGAACGUCAAGCUGGCCCAGACCGCUUCUAUUGACAAAGAGGAGGAGGCAGUCGUCAUUGAAAUGGAAGAGCCCGUCACUCUGACGUUUGCCUGCCAGUACCUCAACUAUUUCACUAAAGCUACUUCUCUCAGCCCUCAGGUGCAGCUGUCGAUGUCAGCAGACGUUCCUUUGGUGGUGGAGUACCGCAUCCCGGACAUUGGCCACAUCCGCUACUACCUGGCGCCUAAGAUUGAGGAAGAAGACAGCUGA